ACCUAAUAAUUUCUCCUAAUCACCCCCUAAUUACAAUUCUCAUUUUCUUGAUGUCUUCAUUAAUACAAAAGUUCAGCAUUAUCGUGCAUUUUUUAAUGCCGACCCCAAUCGUAUUUUAUCCCUCUCAAGACUUCCCACCAAAUCACCAAGUCUCUGUGUCUCUCUCUCUCCACCAUCUGAAAACAAAAGGAACCAUAUUUAUUUCAGUUAAUGAUACUCACGUCCCACAUUGCUCAUCUCCCCCAAUGAGACCCUUUCCCUUUUCUUUCAAUCCAAUUAUCAUCCAACUCUCGCUCGCUCCUCUGUAAAACCUUGAACAAGACCAAGCCAAAGAAACAAACUUUGAAAAUGCUUUCUUUUGUUUUUUAAUCGAGUUAAAGCAAAAGGGUUGCUUUCGUUGCCAGCCAUGACUGAGGUCCUCCAUUCCCCUUCCCAUUUUUCUUCCUCCCCAAGACCCAGCUCCUCUUCCUCUUCCUCUCCUCCUUCCAAUUCUUCCUUAUCCUGCGCAGCCCCGUCUUCUUUAUCCGGCGCACCCCGGCCCACCGAAGACGACGACGAUUGCGACUCUGCGGCGACUUGCUGUGAGGCGAAGGACCGUGACAAGCGCAGAAGGGAGCAGCUUUCUCUGUUGGCGUUGCUGGUAACCUUUUUCAGGAAAUCUUUGAUUCCUUGCAAGAGUGACAGGAGGGAGCUUUGCGCUAUGGAGAUCGGCUGGCCAACCAAUGUGCGACACGUGGCACAUGUAACCUUUGAUAGGUUCAAUGGGUUCUUGGGUUUGCCCGUGGAGUUUGAACCCGAAGUGCCCAGGAGACCUCCCAGUGCAAGUACAACUGUUUUUGGAGUAUCCACGGAGUCCAUGCAGUUGUCAUACGACUCUAGAGGUAAUAGUGUGCCAACAAUUCUCUUGCUUAUGCAAGGACGGUUAUAUGCAGAAGGAGGCCUUCAGGUAUUCACUUAUUCCCUCCAUGCUUUCCAGGCGGAAGGGAUUUUCAGAAUUAAUGCUGAAAACAGUCAAGAGGAGCAUGUAAGGGACCAAUUAAAUAGGGGAGAUGUACCAGAAGGUAUUGAUAUACACUGUCUGGCAGGACUGAUCAAGGCUUGGUUUAGGGAACUCCCAGCCGGGGUUCUGGAUUCUCUAUCGCCUGAGCAGGUAAUGCAAUGCCAGUCAGAAGAUGACUGUUCCCAGCUUGUGAGGCUUCUACCGCUGACUGAAGUUUCUCUACUGGAUUGGGCCAUUAACCUUAUGGCUGAUGUUGUCCAACAGGAACAUCUAAACAAGAUGAAUGCACGCAACAUAGCCAUGGUUUUUGCACCAAACAUGACUCAGAUGGCAGAUCCAUUGACAGCAUUGAUGUAUGCAGUCCAAGUGAUGAACUUCCUGAUAACACUUAUUUUGAAGACACUGCGCGAAAGGAAGGAUUUUGUUGUAGAGCCUCCUUUGUGCUAUGUAGAACCCUCUGAUGAGGAUGGACACCAGAGCCCUUCACAAUCCUUAAAGGAAGGUAUUGGCAAACUUAAUGAAGGGAAAGAGCAGUCGGUGUUCAUGGAAGAACCUCAAUCUGGAAGUUCCUCCAACUCUAAUCAAGUCAGUGGGUGUUGCCAUGAUGUGGUGCAAGAUGACUCGUUGGUUAAUGAAAUGGAAGCUGGCAGAGUCAACAACAUGACUUCUGAAGUUCAAGCGCACGACUUCUCUAAGAGCGCGCCUGGUCAAUCGAGUGAUUCAAAUAUCAAAAUGGUGCCUAAAAGACCAAGUGAACAGCAGUCUGUAAUACGCGGAACAGGGCCUAUUCAGAAGGCUAGGGGAAUCAGCACUCUGAGUCGCAUAGAUUCAACGAUGGAGCGGAUUGAAGCCUGGCGGUGAAGAAAAACUCGACCCAACAAUUGUGGAUUUAACUGAUUCUAUGACAUUGUGUGAAUAUAAAGUUUGGAUGAUUUGCAAGACCGGGAAGAGUGUGCAUUGUUCAUGUAUGUGUUUUCUGUCUUGCUGGGUGGUGGUUUGCUUAACCUGUUUCGUAUUUCAUGGAUGAUUUGUUAGUAUUAACCAACAUUGUUAAUAGGAGUCUCCAUUGGCGUGGUUCCUGAUGUAUGAGUGUGAUCAAACAUUUCUUUUUAUUUUCUCAUUUGGUCAGUAAAAAUGAAUUCUUGAACCAUUUUUCUCA